UAUUUACAUUACCAGGCCUUAUUUCGAAUCGCCACUUAUUGGAAAAAAAAAAUAGAGACAAAGACAAUCCAGUGAUUCAAUGAAAGACUCUUUUUAAACAAUCUGGCACUUCAUAUUGAUUUGCAACUCAAAAGCAUGGCUCAGAAACCUUCACUAAGGCCUAGCACAUAUAACAUCGUCUUGGUAGGAAAAACAGGCAACGGUAAAAGCUCCACAGGCAACACAAUACUUCGGAGAAAAAGUUUUAGAGAAGACUGCAGCUCAACGUCAUGUACUGGAUCCUGUGAAUUGGCAAGUGUUAUGUUUGGGGAUUCCGUUUUAAAUGUUAUAGACACACCUGGGUUGAUAGACACAAACAGGAAACGGAAAGAAGUUUUAGACGAACUGCCAAAUAUCAUGAGUUUAUGUCCAGAAGGUUUUCAUGCUUUUAUAUUUGUGCUAAGAUGGGAUGUGAGAUACACGGAAGAAGAAUUUGAGACAUAUAAAAUUUUACUACAAUUUUUCGGACCAGAUUUUCUAAAGGUUUGUGUUAUUGCUUUUACAAGAGGCGAUAUUUAUAACCUGUCAAACAGCAAUGUUCCUUUUGAGCAGUGGUUAAAUGCACAAACAGGCGCCUUGCCUCUUCUGUUUAAAGAUUGUAAUAAUAAAGCAGUACUCUUUUCCAACAACUUCGAACAUGGUGACUUUGAUACGAAUAGAACAAAGUCCGUUGAGCAACUGAUUCGAUUUAUUCGCGAGGGUAAUUCAUUGUACCGCAACGUCAACUUUGCAAAAGCUGCUAAAGAAAGAAAGAAAUUGGCUACUAAAUAUAACUUGCCACAGCUACAAGCCAAGUAUCAAACAGAGCUCAGCUUGCUGGAAAAUGAGAUUUCUUACGCUAUGACAAUCGAAACUUCAGAAAAAAAACCAUGCUUGGAGAAUUUUGAGAAUGAAUCUUUACAAGAUGAAAAAAUAAAAAAAAAAGAAACAACUAUUCAGGGCUUGAAAAAAUUAGCUCAACACACACUUGCAUUAAUAGAUGAAGAUGAUGGUGGAACAGGACUUUUAGAUGAUUUCCGUCAGCGCAUGAAAGAGUUGUUUGAGAUGAUUUCAAGCCUCGAAAAGUCUCAGAAAAAUAGGGAAUUGAAAUUGCAGAAAAUUGCAGAGUAUACUCUUCUGCUAAAAAACCCGCCGAGUAUUUUUGGUAUUGUUUUUUCAAGCAUUGCUUUGGCAGGCACAGCUGUUGCUGGGGCUGUUAUAACUGGUCUCACAGUUGCUAUUCCACCGUUAGCUGCAGGAGUAGCAGUAGGAGCGGGUGUUCUGGUUGCUGCUAAUGCAAGUUCAAUUGGUUUCAAUGCCACAAAACUUAAAAAUUACAAUGAGCUUCUUAAAAAAUUAAAAGAUGAAAUAGACAGCCUUUAAAAAAAAUGUGUUAAUAUCAGAGGUAAUAAUCUGUACUACUGUAUUUGUAUCAUUUUUUUUUAAAUGAAGGAUAAGUCAUAAUGGUAGUAAUCGUUAACAACGAGCAUUUCAAGUUCACCACUUCUAUUUUAAUUUAAAUGGAGUUUAAAAUAUUUUAAAUUGUUAACAUUAACGUUGACAUAUUCUAUUCCUCAGGAAAAUUAAUUGCCACCUAAUCUAAGGGGAAACAGGGCGGGAAAGAUAAAAAUUGUAUUUUUUUGUUUUGUUUUAUAGAAGAUGGGGCUUUUACCUCAAAACUCUCUGGAAGGAAAUUUUAAACUCAAAAGCUACUUUGGCUGCGCUAGGGCAAGUGAUGGUGUAACAUUAAAAUCUCACCUAAAUAUAUCAAAAAAUCAAUCACAAAAAUCCACCCACCGUCUGCUGGGGGGGGGAUAUUCAUUUCGGAAAGGGAGUUUGAGCCAAGAAAACCCCCUGGCUACGCUCAUGAUGACCAGUAUGAUAUCUUAAUGUGAUCUUUAGACUCUUUGUCACAAUAGCAAAAAUUAUAAACGUCAGUAUCUAUCUUGUUAAAACUUCUUUAGCUUAUAUUAAGUAAUUGAAAAUGAAAAAAAUAAAUGACUAUAUCUUUUUUUUUUGUUAUUUUGUUAGAUUCAUUUAUUUUAAGCUCUUAUUUUUGCGCCUAGAAGAUAAUUAACCGUCUAUAGGGUUACAGAGUAAAGAUUUACCAUCAGCAGUUUGACACAGACAGAACUUAGCAUUUUGUAAUUAUUAUUUUUGAUUAAUAAAUGUGUCCGUUUCCAGUAUUUAAAUCAAAUACAUAAACUUUAGUUUU